UAUUUCUACUGCGAAGACGGUCAAUCGACAGCAAGAGAUUCUCUGAAGAGCUGCUGAGCUGAAUCUCGGUUUUUGUUGUAACGUGAAAAAGAAAAGCGAAAAAAAUCUGCUCAUCGCACCUCUUCGUUACGUUGGCAGUCACAGUCAUUCCUCUUGAUCACGGCUAGUCAGACGACCGCAUUUUUCGCAGCACUCGCUUCGGAGUAGAUUCCGUUCCUCGAUUGUGACAUCGAUUCGUUGUUCCGCAUCGGGAGAGUGAAAGUAAAUAAUAGUGCAAAAGCACACUGCUGAAAAGUUCCGUUCCUGUGAUUGGGGAUAUAUGUACGGGAAUUUUAUCCGGUGAAAUCAAGGAACAAAAAGUGUUAACGGAGAAAGGAGAAGAGAAAUUUUUGUUCGAUCUCGAUCAAAAAAGCAUCACCCAUCGUGAGUGGAUUACAUUUCGUUCGAGUGAAACUGCUUGCUGACGUAAUUCGGAUAAGUUUAUCUCCGCGACUCUGAUUCAGUUCAGUAUCGAAAGAAUCUCCUGCCUCACCGAGAUUAUUGCACGCAGGCUGGUACCUGAGCAGACAACUAUUAUCAUCGGGAGUUCUCGGCUAACAUCCAGAAAGGAGGCAGAUAACCAGCGGACCACGACGACCAAGUGUUUCAGUAUUCGACACUUCCGAGCGGAGAAUGAGUCGCGAGUUGAUCGCGGCGACGUUGACUGAAAUCGUGGUGUGAUCGCUUAACAAAACCCGGGAAAAGUGGAAUUUGAAAAUCAGUUUUCAAGCAGAAAUAUAAAGUGAGUGUUGGGCAUAAGAAGAAGAAAAAGUGCGAAUUAUCUAAAUUCGUGGGAGCAAGAAGAAAAAAGCUCGGGAAUAGUCAUUCUGUACAAGUGGAUAAGUGUUGGUGUAGUUGUUAUCUGUUGUAAUCCAGCUAAAAGAAGGGAGAAGUAGUGUAAUUAGCGGCUAGGGGAUAUAUUCCCAAUCAAUCAUUCAUACCAUUCAUACCAGUUCGUGAAACAUUGUCAACAUUAGUUCGUCCAAAAUGUUCAUCGAGGAGGAUGCUCACAUGGAAAGCUUCUGGGUGCAGACGGCGAUCGGAGCGAUCAAAAUCAUCGCCAUGGUGUACGACAUCAUCACGUUCCCGGUAUACCUGGUGCUGCAGCGGCCCUGGAAGCGAAGAGCCCUCGCCAAACGACAGAAGGCCAAAAUCAUUCAGCAGGAUGCCACAUCAAUCACAUACCGUGGCGUGGAUCCACCCGGCGAAAUGCACGUCAAGAUGCUCCAGAACAACAUCGACACCCUGGAACGGAUGUUCGAGUUCGUUACCAAAGUUCACAGCACCAAGCGGUGCAUCGGAACGCGCAAAAUCAUCAGCGAAGAGGAUGAGAUGCAACCGAAUGGGCGGGUAUUCAAAAAGUUCAACAUGGGUGACUACAUGUGGAGAAGUUUCAUCGAGACGGAAUACGCGGCCGCUUGCUUCGGCCGGGGUCUGCGGGAACUAGGCCAGCAACCACGGCAGAACAUUGUGAUCUUUGCCGAAACGCGGGCCGAAUGGCUGAUCGCGGCGCACGGGUGCUUUAAGCAGAACAUGCCCCUGGUUACGAUCUAUGCCACGCUCGGUGACGAGGGUAUCGCGCACGGUAUCAACGAGACGGAAGUGACGACGGUCAUCACCUCGCACGAACUGCUGCCCAAGUUCAAGUCGGUGCUGAACAUCACACCGAACGUGAAGAAGAUCAUCUUCAUGGAAGACCAGCUGCACAAAACAGAAACCACCGGGUUCAAGGAGGGAGUGGAGAUCAUCCCGUUCUCGACGGUGGUCGAGAAGGGCGAGAAGAGCAAAAUGCCUGGAUGUUCCCCAACACCCGACGACACGGCCAUCAUCAUGUACACGUCCGGCUCUACCGGUACCCCGAAGGGUGUCCUGCUGUCGCACUCCAACUGCAUUGGAACCAUGAAGAACUUCUGCGACAUCUUCAAGAUCUACCCGGACGAUGUGCUGAUCGGAUUCCUGCCCUUGGCGCACGUGUUCGAACUGUUGGCCGAAAGUGUGUGCCUGCUGACCGGUGUCCCAAUCGGAUACUCCACCGCUCUGACGCUGAUCGACUCCAGCUCGAAGGUUAUGAAGGGUUGCAAGGGUGAUGCCUCUGUGCUGCGGCCGACCUGUAUGACGUCCGUUCCGCUCAUCCUGGAUCGUAUCUCGAAAGGAAUCAACGCUAAGGUGAACGCCGAAACUCCAAUGAAGAAGGCCUUCUUCAAGUUUGCCUACCAGUACAAGUCGAAAUGGGUUGCCCGAGGUUAUCAGACGCCAUUCCUGGACAAAAUUCUGUUCAAGAAGAUUGCCAAGCUGAUGGGCGGACGCAUCCGCGGCGUUAUGUCCGGAGGUGCCCCCCUGGCUGCCGAUACCCACGAACAAAUUCAGCUGUGCUUGUGCGUCGAAAUGAUCCAGGGCUACGGACUGACGGAAACGACUGCCGGAGCUGCCGUGACAGACAAAUUCUCCAUGGAGUACAACGUGGUGGGAGCGCCUUCGUCGUGCAACUACAUCCGGCUGAUCAACUGGGAGGAAGGCAACUAUCGCGUCACGAACAAACCGUACCCGCAGGGAGAGAUCGUCGUCGGUGGAGCGACCGUUUCCAAGGGCUACUACAAACUGCCCGGCAAAACCGAGGAGGAAUUCUUCGAGGAAGACGGCCAACGGUGGUUCCGCACCGGAGAUAUCGGCGAGGUGCACCACGAUGGCGUGCUCAAGAUUAUUGAUCGUAAGAAGGAUCUGGUCAAGCUGCAGGCCGGCGAGUACGUAUCCCUGGGCAAGGUGGAAUCGGAACUGAAGACCUGCCCGGUGGUGGAGAACAUCUGCGUGUACGGUGACUCGACGAAGCAGCACACGGUGGCGCUGAUUGUGCCGAACCCGCAGCACCUGGACGAGAUUGCCGAGCGGCAAGGACUCAAGGGUAUGGAGUUCGAGGAGCUGUGUACGUCCCCAGUCAUGGAGAAGGCCGUUGUGCAGGAGCUGGCCGAACAUGGCAAGAAAUGUAAACUACACCGCUUCGAGAUCCCAACCGUGGUAACACUCUGCAAGGACAUCUGGACCCCGGACAUGGGCCUGGUAACGGCGGCAUUCAAGCUCAAGCGCAAGGACAUCCAGGAACGGUACAAGAACGAAAUCAGCCGGAUGUACGCGUCGUAGAUUUCCUCCCGGAGCCCUCGAGAGAGAAUCCUAGCUGUAGCACCUGUUACCCCCAGAUUUGAGAUUUCUAAGGAAAUGCCUGAUGCCUCGAAUCCCGAGGGUAGCAACCCUGCAGCAAAAUCCAAAACCAUCAUUCAUCAUCCCCCCCCUCCCCCACAAUACAUCCCAGUAUGUAAAACAAUGUACUAGACCAUUAAAGUAACCAAUUGUCCGGUUCGAUUCCGGUGUAAAAUCGAUGUUAUGUACAGAACAGCUGAUUCGCAUAGGAAAGCUAGUGUUUUUGGCAAUGUUUGUCAAAUUUGUUGCCCGUAUUACCUAUUUGUUAGGUCAAAAUUACCUAUAUUCGAAUAUUUUUUCCUACGCUUUCCCAUUGAGUUUUCUUUCCUUGUUUUGUUUUCUCGUUCAUGUUUCGUCCCCAAAAGUACGAGCAAGAAUAAAAACACUAAUGUGAAUAACACUUUCCGAAAGGAGCACUUUUCUUUUCUGCUUUUUGUACUAUCCACCGUACUGUUUCAGAUGAACAAAAAAAAUGUCUUCUAUCCCUGUACUUUAUAAGCUAAAAUGUGAAAUGAAUGUGUGUGAGUGCGAUUCACGUCUGUAAGGAACUACUCUGUGGUCCCAAGAUGAAGCAGCAAACAGUUUAGAUAAGACAAAGGCUAGAUAUUGUUAUAUUUGGUGGUGAUAAGCACCUUCUUAAAAAGUGGUAGGGAUCUAGGAGUUAGGAACCAAUAAAUUGAAGCCCGGAUGAGCGAAUGGAAGGGUUCAGGAUUGAAUCCCCUUCGGAACCGCUUCCGAGUGAAUGCGAGUGGAAGAUUGUGGCAGAGCAGUCCUCAAAAAGAAAGCUAUUCCAUUCAAUUUACCUACUUUGUAUAUAUAUUAGAACGAGUGCGACUCUAUUAAAAGACUUGUGAGAGGAGGAAGUGAAAAAGGGAAGAACUUAUCGUAAAGUGAACGAACCAACAAGGUAAACAAGGCGCAAGGAGUCUGAUUAGUUUAGUGGUAGUUAAUUCUGCUUGGAAGGUGGGUCGCAAAUUGUAGAAUUUGAGCUGUAAAACUCUUUCAAAGUUACUCUUUUGUAAAUAGACUUAUACUUGAUUCCUUCUCCUAAAAGGAAAAUUUCAAUUCAAUUAUCGAAACAAAAAUGUGGCACACGCUAUCCCACCAUCGGCAGUAUAACGAAUGGCGCUAUAAUUUUAGCGAAGCGGCGGCUAGUGAAACGCUUCUUGUUUUCUUACGUUGAUAGCCAGAGGGCCGCAAGGACCGUCGAGUCGAGAGGCGCCUCGGCUAAAUCAUCCAAAUGUAGUCACGUGAAAAAAUGCAAUGCAAUUUUAUUGAUUUAUCCAAAUGCAAAAUUCCUAUCAGCCGAAGCAAUCUUUUGUACCAUUGAUUAUUAGAAAACUAUACGUAUUUAUUACAAUUUUGUUUAUUUUUCAUUAUUUACAUUUGUAUCUGGUUUCGCCGGUUUCGCGCCCACAAAACUAUACCAAUUGGACAAAGUGGGUCAAAGGACGAAACAAUAAAACAACACAACCAUUGAAAACAAUAAUAAGAGGAAUUAGUUGUUAAAAGGUAUCCUGGAAAAGUAAAAAACUAAGAAAACAAAGCAAACAGUGAAGGAAACUAGUAAGUAAUUUAAUUAAUUCAAACAGAACAAAAACCGAAAUCUAUAAUGGUGAAGAAUAAAGAGAAGCAGAACUGUGAAAAA